AGCAAUUGAGGAAUUUCUCACCAUAAAGAGAAGAAGGAAAGCACAGGAGUGAGUUAUGUCAGACUCAGGUGCAGUUACCUUGCCAGCUGUAGAUGACAUUCCCAAGCAUGAGAAUUGUAGCGAACUGGGUAUUGUUGUGGCUGAAGCUGAGCAUCUACAGUCACUGGAACCCGAAAGUUCUUUUUUGGAGCUAGACAGAACGCAUAAAAGGCAAAUAUAUAUAGCAGCAAGUUCAGGAAAUUGGAGUGAGGCUUUAUCCUAUUUCAAAAUUCAUCCUCAUUGGUGGCGAAUUCCAUUGACUUCUCGUGGAGUUACAGCUCUACACGUUGCAGUUAGCAUGAGAAAAACUAGUUUUGUGGAAAAGUUGGUGGAUCGUGUGGAUCGUAUGAACAUGCAAGAUUUGGAAAUUCGCAUGGCAGAUGGGAACACAGCCUUUUGUUUGGCUGCGAUAACAGGAAAUGUGAAAUGUGCUAAAAUUCUGUUGGGCAAGAAUCCGGGGUUGCUUUGGAUUAGAGACCACAAAGAUAUGCUACCAAUUCAAUUAUCAUCUUCUGCAGGGCACAUUCCAAUGACGGAACUUUUAUUUGAAGCUCAAGAUGACCUACACAACAAUAUACCCUUCCAUGACAUCGUUAACCUAUUUUUCUUGACCAUCACCAACAACAUUCACAAAAACGAAGAGGGAUUGACACCUUUGCAAAUGCUGCUUGCUCGAUGUUCACUUGUACGUCGAGAUAUUGUAAGUUCGUUGUUUAAGGGUAUGGAAGAAGAGAAAGAGCCUCUCAACUCUGAACAAUUGUCAAAAGUAGUGUUCGAUGCAGCAAAAUCAGGAAACAUUAUGAUUUUAGAAUGUCUUUUGAAAUAUCAUCCAGAUUUGCUAUUUGAAGUGGAUUCCAGAGAGCAAAGAAGCUUGCUUCAUAUUGCUAUUUUGUAUCGACAAGAAUCUGUAUACCAACUAAUAUUAAGCAAGGGGGAUUCCAAGAAUGUGAUGAUACAAUUGGUUGAUUCUAAGGGUAACAAUGUUCUUCACUUAGCUGCUGGAGAGUUGGCACCUGAAGAAAGAUUUGGAUUACCAAACCAUGUACUAAUGGCUAGAGAGGAGAAUUGGUUUCAGGAAGUGGAGAAAAUAGUUCCACCUGCAAUGAAAACAAUGAAAAACGAAAGGGGUUUCACUCCUAAAGAAGUGUUUUAUCAGUUACACAAUGAGUUGCACAAAGAAUCUGUAUCUGCAGUGAAAGAUGCGGCAAAUACUUUAAUAGUGGUAGCAACUCUUGUUAUCACCUUAGGUAUCACCGGAGCUUUGAGCAUUCCUAUUAAGGAUGUUGAUAGUACACUCACUCCUAUAUUUCGGAAGAAGACAUGGUAUACAUUGUAUUUUCUAGCAAUCGAAGUUGGAAACUACUUAUGUGCUGCAUCUAUGAUGUUCUAUGGUUCAGUUAUAAUUCCUUCAAGUUGGGAACCAAAAUAUGAGGGUGUUCUCUUGCGGCAAAGAAAGUUGAUGUUUGGGAAUAUGGCACUUUCUGCCUCUCUUGGACUCAUGUUUACUGCUAUUGUUUCCGGUGCCAUAUUGAUCUAUGACUUCUUAUCCGAUUGGCUCUUUUAUUUCAUUGCUGGACUUGGUUGUAUCACAUUGAUAUCGCCAAAAUUAAUCCGCAAUAUCUAUGAAGCCUAUCACCCAUUGGUAAAGAAAAAAAAAGCUUAAAUUAUAUUAGUUGGAAUAAACUUUUAUACAAGAUUGUGCUUGAGAGUUCUGGCUGUUUUAAUUUUCAAGAUGGAAAGUUUGCAAGAAUUAAUAACAUUUCUUAUAUGUUGAGACAGUUUUACAUUG